AUGACCACCACCACCACCAUCGAAGCAGAAACACUCAAGCAGUACUUGGCCGACAGCCCGCCCACCGUUGUUCCUCUCGCGAUCAGGCCCCACUUCGAGGCGCUGACCGACAAGGAGAAGCUCUAUGCUCACCACAUCUCACUAGCCUGCUUCGCCGGUACUCGCAUCGUCCUCCGCCAGCUCUCGCCCGAAUCCGAGCCCAUCUACGACUUCAUUGUUGCCUUGCACAAGCACAGCAAGGGCGACUACGACGCACUUGCCAAGGAAGCCGGUCUCGUGCAGGAGGAGCUCGAAGCCUAUCUGAACUAUGCCGCACAGUUUCUCGGGAACCUUGGCAACUACAAGUCGUUCGGCGACUCCAAGUUCGUCCCGCGGCUCGAGCCCAGGCAGCUAAAGGCACUGGCGACUACGUCAAAGGAGGCGCUGGGUUUCUAUGAACAGUUCAAGGAUGCGAUAUUCGCGGGUGACGAUGUGGCGAAGCUACACUUAGGGUACCCGAGCGCCGGGCAUGUGUCGACGUACUAUCCCGGCUCGCCGACCAUCACAAAGGAGGAGAUUGCAAGCGUGAGCGACUUCCUGGAGAGCAAGGGGCUUCUGCCGGAGAACACCAGGAUCAGGAAGACAAACGAAGGAUUCGAGGUUUUGAUCGCUUCGGCUUUGGACAAUCCGUCGUCUGAGCAGAGAGACUUGAAGGACAGCGAAUGGACGCUGGAUGAUGGGAAGAAGGCCAAGCUGGUGUUCGGAGACUACUCGAACGAGAUGGAGACAAUUGCGCACCACAUCGAGCAGGCCAAGAAGUAUGCUGCGAACGAUAACGAGGUCAAGAUGAUGGAGCAGUACUCGAAGAGCUUCAGGACGGGCUCACUGGAGGCGUUCAAGGAAAGCCAAAGGGCGUGGAUCAUGGACAAGGGGCCGACGGUGGAGUCGGACAUUGGCUUCAUCGAGACAUACCGCGACCCGCACGGCAUUCGCGGUGAGUGGGAAGGGUUCGUGGCUAUGGUCAACAAGGAGCGGACGAAAGCCUUCUCCAAACUUGUCGAGUCUGCUCCCCAAUACAUCCCCAAGCUUCCCUGGGGCAAGGAGUUUGAGAAAGACAAGUUCUUGAGCCCGGACUUCACAUCGCUCGAGGUGCUUACAUUCGCCGGUAGUGGUAUCCCCGCAGGAAUCAACAUCCCCAACUACGAUGACAUCCGACAAAACUUCGGCUUCAAGAACGUCUCCCUCGGCAACGUGCUCAGCGCAAAAGCCCCCAACGAGAGGCUCCCCUUCAUCAAAGACGACCAACAAGCUCUCUACAAAGCAAACGCCGACAAAGCCUUUGAAGUCCAAGUCGGCCUCCACGAGCUCCUCGGCCACGGCUGCGGCAAGCUGCUCCAAGAAACCGCUCCGGGCGAGUUCAACUUUGACCACGAAAACCCGCCCAUCUCCCCCGUCACCCACACCCCGAUCCGCACCUGGUACAAGCCGGGCCAAACCUGGGGCUCAGUCUUCGGCACCAUCGCCGCCAGCUACGAAGAAUGCCGUGCUGAAUGCGUCGCCAUGGCACUGUCUUGCGAGUUCUCGAUCCUACAACUCUUCGGCUUCGGCGACGGGAACGUCGACAUCAACGGCCCCGCGGGCGACGUCUUGUACACCGCGUAUCUGUCGAUGGCGCGCGCGGGCAUCGUCGCGCUCGAGUUCUGGGACCCGAAGAGCCGGAAAUGGGGCCAGGCGCACAUGCAGGCGCGCUUCAGCAUCCUGCGCACCUUCCUCAACGCAGGCGUCGAGUUCUGCGAGCUCGAGUGGACAGAAGACGAUCUGUCUGAUCUCACGAUCCGGCUUGAGCGCGAUCGCAUCCUCGAUCUCGGUCGCACGGCGGUUAAUGACUAUCUACAGAAACUGCACAUCUUCAAGAGCACGGCGGACUACAAGCAGGCCAAGAAGCUGUACGAUGAUAUCACGGACGUGGAGCCGUUUUAUGAGAAUCUGGUCCGCCCGGCGGUGCUGAGGAAGAAGGUGCCGCGCAAGGUGUUUGUGCAGGCGAAUACGGUGGAGAAGGAGGGGAAGGUCGAGUUGAGGGAGUACGAGGCCGAUGCGAAGGGAAUGAUCGCUAGCUACGCCGAGAGGGAGUAUGUCUAGACAUAGACAAGGCACGAGCUCCUCUUUGGUUCCGAGGAGCGUGAUGAGAUAUAUGGCAACAAUGAACGCAACGAACAAUCACGAGCAUUUACAACAUGGACAACUGAAUCAUCAACGUAUUCGUUUCGUAUCGUACAGUCGAGCUACCUAAAACGC